UUAUUUUACAAUUAGAAUGAAGAGUUAGAAUCAAUUCAAGAACAUUAUAAACAAUUAUUAAUUGACAAGGAUAAAGAGUUGUGUUUAAAAAAUGAAGAAAUUGAUAAAAAAAAUGAUGAAUUAAAACAAAGAGAUUUAAUAAAACGAGAAGAAAUAUUACACUUGAAUAGUAAAAUUUUAGAACUUGAAGAUAAAUUAAAAACAAAAAUUGAAGAUAAAAAUAAACUUGAAAAUUUACUGAGUGAACAAUAUACAACAAUGAAAGAUGAAUUUUUAAAAAUAAGAAAUGAAAUGGAAGCUGCAAAUGUUGUACAAAAUAAAUUACUUAUUGAAAAAAUAAGUUUAUUAAAAAAAUCAUUAUUAAAAAUGGAAAAAUCAAAGCAAAAAAUUUAUUUUGAAUGUCAACAAAAAAUAUUUGAAAUACAAAAGAGUAAAGACAUAGAAAUUAAAACAAUGCAACUUCAAUUACAAGGACAUAAAAAUGAACUAUCAACAUCAAUGAGUACAGAAAAACAAUGUGAACUUGAUAGUAUUCUUAAUUUAUUAGAAGAACGAUAUAAAUGUCUUUUAGCAUCAAGUGAAGCAAAUGUUGACAAUCAACGUCAAAAAUAUCUCCAGAAAAUGAAAAGCUUUGAAGAUCAACUUGCUCGUUUGAAAAAUAAUUUAAUGGAAAAUGAAACUUACUUUUAGAUAUUUUUUAACAUAAAAUAUAGAUUAUAAAAUAUUUA